GUGUGUGUGUGUGUGUGUGUGUGUGUGUGUGUGUGUGUGUGUGUGUGUGUGUGUGUGUGUGUGUGUGUGUGUGUGUGUGUGUGUGUGUGUGUGUGUGUGUGUGUGUGUGUGUGUGUGUGUGUGUGUGUGUGAGAGAGAGUGAGAGUGAGCAGGCAGUAGUUGAGCUGGGCGGACGGACCUCCCUCUCCGACUCCGGGAGGCUGUCCCGUCCACCCGGAUGAGAAGCAGGCGGGCAGGGAGGAGGGCGGAGCUGUGAGAGCUGUCAUACGGAUAUGUUUCAUUUCUCAGACGGCCCCCCUCCACACUCACACACUCACACACACACACACAGCCAGCGACAGAAUCUAACCGUUUAACCGCGACCACAGCGCCUGAGGAGCAGCAGGAUGCCGGUGAAAGGCGGAGGAAGGCUGGCCUCUUACCCGAGCAAGAGCGACAAUGUCGGAAGCUCGGGGAUGGAGGAGACGGUGUGGGAGCAGUACACAGUAACUCUGCACCGGGAUUCUAAGAUGGGUUUUGGCAUCGCCGUGUCAGGAGGGCGGGACAACCCCAACGUGGACAACGGAGAGACAUCGAUCAUCGUGUCAGACGUGCUGCAGGGAGGACCAGCAGAUGGAUUACUCUUUGAGAAUGAUCGAGUCAUUCAGGUGAACUCCAUCGCCAUGGACAACGUGCCUCAUUCCUUCGCUGUGCAGUCGCUCCGGAAAUGUGGAAAAGUGGCCAAAAUAACAGUGAAGAGACCUCGUAAGGUAGCGGUCCACUCACUGAAGCAGCCCCCCUCCCCAGAUGGGGACAGUCGGGAUUACGCCCCCUCCACCCACUAUUACGACGCCGACAACGAUAACGGCUGGUACCGUAGCGAGGGCCGUGACCACACCUCUGACAGCAAAGAAUACCUGGACCCUGAUUACAUGGGUGGGCGGGACUACAACACAAGAGGGAGGAGCCGUGGGAGGAGCCAGGAGAGGACAUCCCCCAGCCCGGACAGGUCCAGGAGGGACGGCAGCCGGGGGCGCGCCCUGGACACCAGCGCGGACCGUCAGCGGUACCACAGUCGAGGACGCAGCCCUGGAGACAGCUAUCGCAUGGAGGAGAAGUACGAGCGAGGAGAGGGAGGAGGAGGUAAAGGAGGGAGGUACAAGAGCAGGGACAGACUCAACGAAACCCCCCCAUCCCCAGAACCUUCCAGAGAGCUGGAGCCGCUGGAGAAACCCGUCAACGUACUGCUGGUGAAGAACAGACCUAACGAAGAGUACGGUCUGCGUUUGGGGAGUCAGAUCUUCAUCAAACAGAUGACAAGCACCGGCCUCGCAGCGAAGGACGGAAAUCUGCAGGAGGGAGACAUCAUUCUCAAGAUCAACGGGACGGUCACAGAGAACCUCUCUCUGCACGAUGCCGGGAAGUUGAUCGAGAAGUCGAGAGGGAAGCUGCAGCUGGUGGUCCAGAGAGACCGCCGUCAGAUCCUCGUACGCAUCCCCCCCCUCGCAGACUCUGACUCUGAUAAUGACGACAUCUCAGAGAUGGAGUCUUACCAUUCGUAUUCUCCCCCAGAGGAGAGGAGAUCGCGUCAGUCUGACCUGUCCUCACACUCGUCCAAUGAAAGAGACAUCCAAAGGGAAGAACCCAUGAAAACAGCCAAGAUGUCCGCCAUGGCCUCCCCGUUCAGAAUACCUGAAGACCCCAAAGCGUCAGCAGAGCUGGAAAAAGACAUACCGCAAAUCGAGGAGCCUCCAGCUGCUGUGACAACCACACCAAAGAUUCUCCUCCGGCCGAGUCCAGAAGAUGAAAAACUUUACGGGCCAAACACGAUAAUGGUGAACUUCCAGAAAGGAGACAGUGUGGGUCUGAGGCUGGCCGGAGGAAAUGAUGUCGGCAUCUUCAUCGCCAGUGUUCAGGAGGGCAGUCCUGCUGAGGAGGAGGGGCUGCACGUCGGAGACCAGAUCCUAAAGGUGAACAACGUUGACUUUCAAGGUGUAGUGAGAGAGGAGGCGGUGCUCUUCCUGUUGGAGAUUCCUAAAGGAGACGUGAUCACCAUCCUGGCUCAGAGCAAACCUGACGUCUACAGUGAUAUCUUGGUGUCUGGGCGCGGGGACUCUUUCUUCGUCCGGACACACUUUGAGUACGAGAAGGAGACUCCUCAGUGCCUGGCCUUCAGCAGAGGAGACAUCUUCAAAGUGGUGGACACCCUGUACGACGGAAAACUUGGGAACUGGCUCGCCAUCCGUGUCGGGAAGGAGAAGCAGCUGCUGGAGAAGGGAAUCAUCCCAAACAAGAGCAGGGCGGAGCAGAUGGCCAGCGUGCAGAGCUCUCAUAAAGCUGUAGCCGCCGAUCGAGCAGACUUCUGGAGGUUACGAGGUCAGCGCUCUUUGAAGAGGAAGGACCUGAAGAAGAGCAGAGAGAACCUGAGCGCUCAGACGCUCGCCACACGCUUCCCCGCCUACGAACGAGUCGUGCUUAGAGAAGCUGGUUUCAGACGUCCCGUCGUUCUUUUCGGUCCCAUCGCUGAUGCUGCGAAUGAGAAACUGGCCUCUGAGAUGCCUGACCUGUUUGUUAUUGCCAAAACGGAGCCAAAAGACGCCGGCUCUGAGAAAUCCUCAGGAGUGGUUCGCCUGAACACCAUCAGACAAAUCAUCGAGCAGGACAAGCACGCCCUGCUGGAUGUGACACCCAAAGCUGUGGACACCCUGAACUACACCCAGUGGUACCCCAUCGUCAUCUUCUUCAACCCGGACAGUAAGCACGGCAUCAAGGCCAUCAGACAGAGGAUCGCCCCCAACUCCAACCGCAGCGCCCGCAAACUGUACGAGCAGGCCGUCAAGCUGAGGAAGACCUGCCCGCACCUUUUCACUGCCACAGUUGAUAUGAACUCGGCCAAUGACGCCUGGUACGGCAGCGUCAAAGACUCCAUCAGAGAGCAGCAGAUGCAGGCAGUGUGGGUCUCUGACGGCAAGCUGGAGGGAGUAGAGACUGAUCUGGACUGCCAGGACGUCGAGCGCCUGUCCUUCCUGUCCGCCAUGUCGGCCGACUACCUCAGCAUGGACAGCCGGCUGGCAUCCGACCUGGACGACACCGCUGACGAGGGCGGGGCCUACACCGACAACGAGCAUGACGCCGAGUUGAUGCACAUCUCUGCCAUCAGCCGCUCGUCUGAACCUGUCUCAGCCGAGGAGAUCUUGCGCAGGUACAGUCCAGACAUCAGGAGUCGAAUGAGGAAGAUCAGCAGUCAAGAAUUCCUCAGCAGGUCGAGCCCUCCACAUGUCUUCUUAACGGACAAGGUAAAACUUUCUCUCAGAGACACUCCUGUCCUCGUAUCCAGCUCCACCAACCCACACCUUCACCACCGCCAACACCACCCGUCACCGCCCAGCUGCAGCAGAAGUUAUGACUCUCCGUCCAGCAGCAGCCCGGCCAGCAGCAACAACGACCCCCCGCCCCCAAUUUCACGUUCAGCCGGCUUCUCCGGCCCACCACCCCCACCUCCACUCCAUCACUUCAACUCCUGCAGCAGUCCGCGGUCCCUAGGGGCCCCCCAACUUCCCAGCAGCAGUAGGAGUAUGGCGGAGAUGGCGCAUCACUCCCCUGCAGCUCUGCCCAGUGUGAACGUAGCCGCCUGCAGGCAGCAGGCAGAGGACAGCCCGGUGGACGAUCCGUCCAUGAGGACCUUCCUGGGAAAGAUUAAAGCCUUUGAGAAGCUGGAUCACUUCGCCCGAGCACAGAGGAUUCUGGAGGUCCAGGAGGCACACAAUGCCAGGGUGGAAAUCGCUCAGAAGCAUCCGGACAUCUACGCCGUUCCUGUGAAGACGGCCAAGCUGGAUCACAGUCGCCCUCAGCCUAUCGGCUCCAGCUCUCAUUCGGACCCCCAGACUCCUCCUCCUCAUCUUCCUCCCAAAGAGCGAAGUCCCUUCUACCAUGGCGAACAGGAGAGAGUGGAGGACACAGGAUACUUCAACGCCAACUCCUACCAGUACCAGGACACUGAGCUGUAGGGUCUGCACACCCUCAGCCCCCUGGACCAACAUGUACCAUGCACUGCUGCACAUGAAGUUCACACACUAACCAUUCCAUCACGUCUGCACAAAACGCUGCUGACUUUGAACUGACUCUUGCUUCUUUAGUAUCGACCUGAAAAUAAUCUUUCUUUCUUUUUUUUUUCUUUUUUUUGCUUCAAGGAAGUCAAAGCAAUCUGUGCUAUCCGUUUGGAUAGGAACACACUGUCUACGCUUUUAUGUUCGUUUUGAGUGAUUCUUUCUUAUGUACAACUUUAAAUGGUCCAAACUGAGUGACUUUGGAACCACUUGUUUUCUUGCCUAUGCAACUUUUUCAGUUUGUGCACAGCAACUGAAACCUAUUGCCACGAGUUCUGUCCUCACAAAAACCUCAACAAACCCCAAAACCCACAAAGCGCUUUAUCACAUCACCCCCUUCUUUUUAAGCUCCUAAUAUUGCCAGCCAUGAUCGACAAAGGUUACGUAUAUAUUCUAUUAUACAGCAUAUAUAUAUUAUAUAUCUAAAGUCAAGUGUUUAUACUCUGUCUUUGCAUUCCUACGUAUAUAUGACAAUGCAGUAUAUAUCUAUAUAUACAUAUAUAUAUAUUCUAUCUUGUAACUCUGGAAUUUGUUACAAUUUUUUGAAGUGCCUUUUCCUUUUGUUAUUCCCAUGAGGUUUGGGUUGUCUUUCCUCCGCCCCUCAGCCACCCAGCCAUACUUAAACCUCUGCUGCUGUCAAGCUUAAAGGGAAACCAGGGAACCAGUGACACCGAAACCUUAAUGCUGUCCCCUCACACUGUACUGUUUGCAGAAAACACACCAACAAAGAUACAGUUCACACCCUGCAGCCAGACAGUCUGCCAAGUGUAGGAACGUCAUGUCUGAUCUCUAGAGCCACACCAAUCCAAAACAACUUCAGACUGUAGAAGUUAAAACAGCCCGCUCACUUAAGAAAACCAAGAAUUUGGAGCAAUAAUCAAACAGAAAUAAUGGAAUUGGCAAAAACAGUGAAUUUGUUUCAUAUUUGCACAACAUCAAAUUGAUUUGCAAAUCAUGCAAUUCGUUAUACAAUUAUCAGUUCUCAAUUAAUGAACUGACAGAAGAAUAGAUAGUUACAUUUCAGAGGUGCAUCAAUGUUCUAAGGUUGUAAUCAAGGUUGUCAAAAUUUUUAACAUGUUGAUACUCUGCAUUAUAACGUGUUUUAUAAUGAUACAGUUGAUGCUGUUUUAAUGAUCGAUAGUGUCAAAAAGUACCAAAGCUUUAAAAAAACAACUUCAGAUCUUCACUUAGACAUUUUACCUAAAAGCUGCUGCGAGAGAAGUGUAGAGCAGCGAUUCACUCAAAAUCACAGAUCAACAAAUACCGACCUUUCUCAAGACCUUUGAGAGUCUCAAGAAGAUGCAAUAGUUAUGUCUACGUCUCUUCCAGCCCUGUGUAGAGGUCGCUAAUUAAUAAAAGAAGUAGAAAAAUACUUUACAUAUCUAUUUCUUAAGUAAGUUGUAAAGGAGAGGAACGAGUCCAUCAAAAAUGUGCAAGUAAACUUCUUCACAUUGUUGGAAAUUGCACAAAUCAUGUGAAAGUUCUGGGUACUGAUGUGUUUUGUGUUCUGAGAUGAUGUGCAGGAGUUUAUCUGCAAUUUCAGAUGGAAUAAUUCCUCUCAAACUGUUUAUGAUACUACCGGUCAUUACAAAUAAAAGAGAUUGUAUCCGUUCAAACAUGUGGUAUCUAAAAGCAUCAAGGUCUCAAAAAUAUUGACAACCUUCAUUUAUAUAUGAAUGACACUUAUUGAAUUGUCCCACUUUCUGCUGCGACUUAGUCUUUUUCUUUUUGUCGACUUUAAUGCUCAGCUUUCAUCGCUGGGCUUUUUAACCUCACAGAAGAAAAUGCUCAUACAAUGAUUUCUUUGUCUUCGGAUGUUCUGCUUAUUAUGUUCCUGCAGGUGGCGCCAUCUUCUGUUUGUUUAGCUAUGAUGGCUAUCACUGCCUAAGCUAAUAACUCUUAUGAAAUGACAAGUUUAGCUGUUUACUAUUUGUCUUAUUGUCAACAAAUCCAAUGUUAAGAUGCAAACCAACAAUGAGUUGAUCCACCUUGUGUUGUGUGUGUGUGUGUCCACUGCAGGGCGGCCAUUGUUUGAUUCCCUCAAAUCAGGAACCUUAAUGGUACCACACACACUGUACACACAGCCAUUCACUCAUGCAAGCACUGCAGCAAUUUAUUAUUUGAGCAGAUAGCAAACCUACCAAGUGCAACUUUAAAGGUAUAAUAAGAGACUUUCAGAGUGCUGCAUGUUCGAGUGGUUCCACUUUACCACCAAUCUCGCAAACCAAAACUAACCACACCACUUCCCCUCCUCCCCCACCCGCUCUCUGUGUUCUGACCGAGUGCAGCCUUUUGUAGGACUGAAGUAUUUGAGACCAAACUAAAUCUUUUCUUCGGAUCUUAAAUUGUUCUCCAGUGACGCCAUUAUGCCUCUAACAACAGCGUCCCUUAGUGGGCAGGACCGGUUCUCCCCCCCCCCCCCCCCCCCCCCCCCCCCCCCAACAUAUAAGGGAGUUUGACUUCACUCUGUUUUAAGGAAGUCAUUACUUAACGAUAUAAUUGAUAUCUGCUUUAUUCUUUAAAAUGUUGCAUUUUAUACCUUUAACCAUCAUUUUUGCUGCUUGGGUCUGUACAAAGGAAGGAGAAAGCCAAGUGGUAUACUGUACUGUAUAAUCAACCCCUCAAACCAGGACCCUCAAGUGUACCUUAAGAUCUUGCUGGUGCUCUUCCAUGUUUAUGCACUUAGACAUUUUCUAAGUCUCGUUAGUCAUUAGAUUAAACUGACUUCCUCUUUGGCAUAAGAGCUAACCAUUAGCAUACUUACAGCUAACCAGUUGCAUACUGAAAAACUCACCGUAGCCUGUGGUUGUGUCUGAAAUCAACCACUCAUUCCCUACUCCCUACAUAGGGAGCUCUUUGUAGUGGACUAUAUAGUACACUAAUAUGCAAAAUAAAUAAAAUGCAUGAUAGUGAAUAAUGAUUGGAUAGUUAGUGACCAUCGGUUGUUCACUACAUUUUAUGAUGCAUUAUGGGAUACAAUAAGUGCACUAUAUAAGUUAUCACAAUGCUUACUCAGAAUUUGGACUUCAAAAUAGUGUAUUCCCUAUAAAGUGUACUUUAUAAAUAGUGUGAUUUCAGACACAGCCUGUGACACUUGACUCAAGGGCUAGCUAGAUAACGACAAGUGGAUAGACUUACACAUAAUCAGACAAAUCUGAAUUGAAUUCAGACCCGCAAUGCAUAAUAUGGUUUUAUUUGGCGUCAGGUAAUAAUUAGUAGGAUAUAACUCUGUAUGUAAGCACAGAAUAAAACAAAAUAUUUAUUUUAAUUGUGAUGAAACCAGCACUAUGUAGUGUUGUGUUGUACAGAUAAUUAUUGGGUUCGUCAAGCCCGCUUCUCGUAAUCCAAAGCCUUAUCUAUUCUUCCUCUGUGCCAUAGAGCUCCUCUGUUUUUCAAAAUAAAACACAACAACUUAAAAGAACACCAAAUGUGUAUUAUGCCACUGCUCAAAGUAGUCCCAAACAUUGGACUAUUCGCUGCUGUUCAAGCGUCCAGCUGUUGUAAACAACUAUUGAGCCUUUUUAAAUAAUUAAAAUAUAUAUUUAUAUGCUUUUUUAAGUCCUAUGUAAACACCUUACCGUAUGAAGAAACACACAUUGUUGGUUUUGGUCUUUAUGUGGAUUUUUAUGACAAUAAGAAUAAGACAGAGUAACAGCAGACUUUGAAUGGAGCGUGUGUAAGAAGCGACAGAAUAAGACAAGAGGAAUAUCUUGAUUUGGAGCCGUUGGAUGUCGUGCCUAAGUUUUCACAGAGAAACUUGUCAAGAUGUAAAAAUCUCAAAUGCAGGAUCCACCUGAAGGCCUUCAUCAUGUCAUUUGAUUAUGUGAUGUAUAUUUUCUAUUCAAAAACAAAUAUCACUGUCAGAGGCCCUUUAGUGACAUGGAUGAUUGUGGGCCUUUUCAUGAUGGCUCUGAAAGUAGAAACAGCUUCUGAUCCAAUAUACGGAGCCACUAAGAGGCUCCGCCCAUGGGCAGAAAAAAUAAAUGACGUUUCAGGUGCACAGGAAAAACUAUGUUGUAAGCACCAGAAACUUUCCCAUGAGCACAAGAAAGUUCCUCGUGAUCACUAACAAGUAUUGUGUGUGCACCAGUGAGUUUCAGUUUGCCUCAUAGGAUUGACUUACUUGUCUUUUGCCAACUCUGACAACCAGAGAUAUGUUAAAGAGUUUCAUGUGUGCACGCAAUACUUUCUCAUGUGCACAAAAAACGUCCUUGUGAGCACUUAAGUCUUUCUCAUGAGCUCCUAAAACUCUCUAGUGAGCCUGAAUAACUUAACUCUGAUUAGUGAAAAUGUACAAUGUCUUUAACAAUUGAAAAACUUCAUUAAGAGCUUGUAAAACUCGAAUGAACCAAAAUAAUUCUUACGAGCACAUAAAACUUUCUCAUGAUCUCGUAAAUAUCUUGUGAGCUCACAUGAAAGAUUUUUGUGUGCAGGAAAACUUCCUUAAGAGCACACAUAACUUGCUCAUGAGCACAAGAUAUUCUCUCGUGAGCCGGGGUUAGUUUUGUGUGUGCACGAGAAACAUAUUCAUUUAUUUUCAAUCCAUAUCCUUUUAGGGGCUCAGUACCAAUCAAACCACAGAGGGAGACAUAUGGUGUUGUUUACGCUCGCAGACAUUUCCUUCCACAAAGCUACCAGAAAUGGAGAACAGCAAGAGUAAAAUCUUAAAUGAGCUGGCUAAGUCAUUUUUGUAUUAAGUCAUCCACAGAGGGGGUUACAUCUUAUUUAUACUCCCAUAAGAACCUGUGACGGAGGAGUGUUGAUCGGAGGCCACAUGCUGUAUAACCCACAGAGAACUUGUCCCAGCUGUGAGAGGGACUGUGCGCUCUGUCUGGGUCUUGGUGACUGUGGUUGAAGGGCCUCGGCUCUCUUUCUCCGUCAGUGUGAAUGAACGGUGUCUCAGAUGUUUCAGAUAUUCUUGAUUGUAUUUCUCAGUUCACUCUUUACCUCCACUCACGAGUUACAAAGUGCUGACUGCUGUUGUUGAAUUCUUGUACUGUGUCAUGGCAGAGGGUUGUGUUACAAUGACGACGAGAGGAAUGACUGUUUCUGCUGAGUUUUUCCAUGUUUUCACCUUAAAACACCAAAUAAAACAAAAGUCUUAACCACA